AUGGCGGCGGCGGCGACAACUCCGACCAGAAGCGGAGGUGCCGGAGGGCCGCGAGGGAGGUUGCGGGUGCAGCUCCGGGUGGCAGUGGCGUGGGGAGUGGUUGCAAGCUUAGCUCAGCUCGAGCUCGCCCAGGGAGCCUGCAGGGUGGCUGCAGCGCGGCGACAGUGCUCGUCGAAGGCGGCAGUCGGCGGGGAAGAUGAAUCUGAAUCUAACAGUGAAGAAUCAGAUCUUAGUGCUUAUGAUGAUGGAGAAGACACAUCAUGGAUAUCAUGGUUCUGUAACUUAAGAGGGAAUGAAUUCUUCUGUGAAGUUGAUGAUGAGUACAUACAAGAUGAUUUCAACCUUUGUGGGCUAAGCAGUCAAGUUCCUUAUUAUGAUUAUGCUCUUGAUCUUAUCUUGGAUGUUGAAUCUUCUCAUGGUGAUAUGUUUACAGAAGAGCAAAAUGAGUUGGUGGAGUCAGCUGCAGAGAUGCUAUAUGGUUUGAUUCAGGUUCGCUACAUUUUAACCAGUAAAGGGAUGGCUGCAAUGCUGGAUAAGUUUAAGAACUAUGAUUUUGGGCGAUGCCCUCGAGUUUACUGCUGCGGCCAACCAUGUCUCCCAGUUGGGCAGUCAGAUAUUCCUCGAUCAAGUACUGUAAAAAUAUACUGUCCCAAAUGUGAAGACAUAUAUUAUCCAAGAUACAAGUACCAAGGCAGUAUCCUUUCAUUCUUGAUUGAGUUCUUGCUAGUACUUUGAUGCUAAUUCAUUCAUAUUUUGUAUGCAUUUAGUCUCAUUCUGGUGAACAUUUUAUCAUUCUCUUUCCUCAAGCCACCA